AUCAACUGGGGAUGAUAACGAGCGUACGGGGGAUUAAAUCUACCGGCAAAUGGCAGAACAUAGCGCAGAUCAUAUCCCCGAAAAAGAGCCAUGCUCCACUCGAAAAGGUACCGAUGGGAUAGAGAAGGAUCUUGGAGAGAGAAGGGCUGAGCACAGAUCCCCGAGCCGCCCGGGCGCAGAGAGCGCAGAAUCAGCAUGCGCUGGGGACAGCGGGCUGCCGCGCGAGCUCCGAAAACCGCACAGUAACCAUCCCAAAUCAAAAGAGCACAAACGACUCAACACUCACAGACUUGUAUUACAGUAUAUCGCACCUUGUAUGAACUCAUACGGCUUGUGCAUCGUAGACAACUUUCUGGGAGAAAAGCUUGGAGACCGAAUUCUGCAAGAGGUCAGACGCGUGCAUGAAGAUGGGAACAUGCAGGACGGACAGCUCGCGUGUCAAACACUGGGCCAAACUAAAGCUAUUCGCGGGGAUAAAAUCGCCUGGGUCGAAGGCACUGAAACGGGCUCCUACAACAUAGGCGUUCUGCUGUCAAGAAUAGAUAAACUAAUCACGUUCGCUGAUGGCAAACUUGGGGACUACAAAAUUAGAGGGAGACACAAGGCAAUGGUAGCAUGCUAUCCAGGAAAUGGUGCAGGUUACGUGAAACAUGUGGAUAAUCCUAACGCAGAUGGCCGUUGUGUCACCUGCAUCUAUUACCUGAACAAAAACUGGAAUGCCAAGGAGCAUGGAGGAGUUCUGCGCAUUUUUCCUGAAGGAAAAUCGUAUGUCGCCGACAUUGAACCUCUGUUUGAUCGACUCCUGCUUUUCUGGUCAGACCGUAGGAACCCUCAUGAAGUACAGCCAUCAUUUGCUACCAGGUAUGCAAUCACUGUGUGGUACUUUGAUUCAGAGGAAAGGGCUGAAGCCAAAAGAAGAUUCAGGGAUUCGACAGCCUCUUCACAAAGCAGCACCACAUCUUAGCAGAAGAGAUUGAGACAAAACUUUCUCCACUGAGAAGUGUGUGUUUAUGUGGUGUGUGUGUUUGUGUGUGUGUGUGUUUUAGCCCUUUUGCACUUAAGGUACCGGCGCUUCCUCCUCAACCAUGCCUUUGCCGUUGCAGUUUUUGUAAACUCAGACUCCAUGUAACUGUCCUGCAACACUGCAUUCUGUAACAUGAUGCUUCUGUGGAAAAAAAAAACAAUAAAAAAACAUAAGCAGUGAUUAUUAUGUUCAUAUAAAAUUAUGUUUAUAAAAGGAAUGACAGAAAUAUUCAAUACUUUCUAGUGGGUAUGGACGAUGGAUGAAGUAAAAAAAUUUUCAUUAAUCUUUUUUGAUAAAUGUUUGUCUGUAUUUGAAAUAUUUCCAGUUUUUAGUGCUUCUCUGUUUUCCUAUGUAAGGGGAGCUAAUUUGAUUUAAAAUUUUGACCUCAACCUUAAAGCAAAUGGUUAAACCCAUUUAUGGUUUAAAAAAAGUGGAACUGUCACCAGAUGAUUUACAUGGCCUAUGCGGCCCUAAAUACUUACACAGAUUUCAUUAUUUUUCACAUUGAAUACUAAUAGUUUUCCACAGAAAUGUUUCUAAAAGUAUAUCAUUAUGAUGUGCUUUAAUAUGUGAUGUGUGUGAUGUAUGUGGUGUGUGAUUUCUCCUUAUCAGAAUGUAAGUGUAUAUUGGUUUGCUACAUUAAAGUAUAACAGCACAGUGUAACGCUGUAUAAGCAAAAUAAUAGUAUUUCUUUCUGGUAGUUUAAAUGUUUUAAAUUGCCUGAAUUUUCAGAAGAUGAACACUUCAACAGAUCCCAUCAUUUUAUAAAUUAAUUAUACUUUUACAGAAUUAAUAUUAUGAAUAUUAAUUGUAAUGGUAAAUGCCAUUUUAAAAAAAUUAAGUGGUGUUCCUGACACUAACAAGUCACAGUGGUUUAUAGGCCAGCAUUAGUAUUCACUGUCAACUGGAAAUUUUCAAAAGUCUUUCAUUGUUUAGAAGCAGCUGUGCUGUGUUUAAACUACACGGGUGUCUGACUGUAAUGUCUUUAAUGCAUAUAAUGUAAAAUGAAAAUGAUAGUUGGCUAUAACAUUGCUAAGACUGGCUAUCUAGAUUUUCUUUCUCUAUGCCUCAUCUGUAAAUAAACAAGUGACUCAA